UAAUGAAAGCAAUAUUAUUUAUAGGUUUAAUCCUUUGUUUUGCCAAUUGUAGUCUUGAAACUAUUGGAUUGAGACACAAAUUGUCCUAAAUUAUUCAAGAACAUUAAACAAGUUUGUAAGAUAAAUAAAUGUCAGGUGGAUGGAUUAAAGUAAUAUAUAAUUAUAUUCUCUAGUAACCAUUAGAAGAAUUUGAACAACAAAACAACAAUAUUAUCAAAUCCACUUUGGAUGCUAUUGAAGAUAAAUUUAAUUUAUCUAAAGAUGGAUAUCAAUAUGAAAAGUUACUUCAAGUAACAACUCAAGUUGUUGCAGGAAUCAACUAUAAAGUUCUUGUCUAAUAUGCAAAAGAGGAUACCAAAAGAGUUUUUGAAGUUUAACAAUAUGUUGUGUAAUCAAUUCUUUUUAAAUUAGUCCAUGGAACCCAUCAGCUAAUUCAAUUACCAGAGUAGAAGAAAUUAAUUCAUCUAACUAAUGA